AGGAUUUCAAUUGAGCGACAUCACAAAGCUCCGUCUGAUGAAUGUGAUUUUCGUGCACUUGUAUUAGCGUUUCUCUACUGACGAGGAGGAGAAUCAAAUAUAUCGCAUGCUCUCUAUCGUGCUUCUAGAGCGGGCGGGCGUCGAUUACGCAAGUUAAAUACAAUGUCUCUGCCCCCUGCGUGUUCGGCCACUUCCACGUCGAGGUUAAACGACUCCGUGUACGAACUUCAUAACCCAGGAGUUGAAUCAGUGCUGGACGUUGUAUUCUUUCACGGCCUACAAUCGUCACACACCUCUGUACCUCACCUAUCAACAUGGAUAUCAAGCGGUUCUCACAAGGAAGUAUGGCCGCAGGCCUGGAUCCCGCAAGAGUUUCCGGGAGCUCGGAUUCUCUCUGUCCAGUACGAUGCUUCUAUCAGGACAUCAGCAGAGCAUGGAAGAUUAGACCUCUACCUCACAGCCGAAAGUUUGAUGCAUAAUCUUAUAAAUGCGAAGGUGGGGCAGCAUCCUUGGCGUUCAGUUAUACUCGUCGGUCAUAGUUACGGAGGCCUUGUGAUCAAACAAUUGUGCUUCCGCGCACACUCCAGAAAAAGCAACAAACAAAUAGCUCGCUUUCUCAACUCCGUCACAGGAAUUUUCUUCUAUGGAACGCCGCACCAUGGAAUUUCAUCAUUCUUCACUCCAAAUGGAACAAAACUAAAGGAGGCUAGCCCUCUACUCGACUAUGUCAAGCUGCUUUGCGCAGAAUCAGGUCGCCUUCAUGAAAAUUUUGAUGCUUUACGUCUGUCCUACGAGUGGAGCAUUGCUGGAGUUGGAGAAUCGAGACCUACGAUCAUGCUAGAUGCAGAGUCUCAGAACGCUGUUGCUAACUGCAUUCUCAGAAUUCUGAGACUCUGCUGUUGCAGAGUCUCAGAAUGUGAGAUGAUUGUAGUUGAGGCUUCAGCUCGGUACGGCGACUUCACUGUGGAGCUUGAGGAUCAUAUCUCUCUCUGCCAGCCCGAGAGCAAGACUUCAAAUACUUAUGUACGGUUGACAUCGUUCCUGCAAAGGUUACAAAGCAAUAAGGUGAACAGGAGAAGACUUCCUGAUAAUCUCCAGACGGUGCCGAAAAUGGCAAUGAGCCUACAUUCUGACUUACUUGUAGAGGUUCAAAACAUUUUACGCACAGGUCCAGCAGCAGUUGCUCUUUGCGGCAUGGGAGGAGUAGGGAAAACAACUCUCGCAAAGCUGUUGUUCAAUGAGUUGUGUGCUGAAUACGAAUACACUUGUUUCGUUCCGGGAUGUACGCUCAAGAAAAAUACCAAAGAGAUAGAAGACGAAGUGUUUUCGUCGAUGUAUCACCUUGGCAAGCAGCUUACAAAAAGAGUGAAAGAGUGGCAAUUGACUGAUUUGAGACAGAAAAUACUUCUCCUUGUUUUGGAUGACAUUGACAAUGGUAGUCAUGUUGCAUUUCUCCAGGACAUAGUUUCGAAGAACGAUUGCGCAAACAGUCGUUACAUUGUUACCUCUAGAAAUAGAGACAUUUUGAACAGUUUGGAUUCAUGCGUGUUUGAUGUGAAAUUCUUGAAUCCCAAGAGCUCUACAAAGUUAUUUAUGAGCUACGCAUUUCCGUAUCCGACCGAACCGAGGCCAUCACUGAAGGAAUGGGUACACAAGAUCGUCGAGAAAUGUGAUGGACUACCAUUAACCCUAGAGGUGAUAGGCACGUAUCUGAAGACGAAAGACAAAGAAAGCAUAUGGAUACAAUGUUUCCAAGCUCUGGAUGAAGCAGAGAACGUAGUGAGUCUGGAUGAGAAGUUGUGGGCGAAAUUGAGAGUUUCUUACGACCGUUUGGGUAGUCAAGAGAAAAAUAUGUUCCUUGAUGCUGCGUCAUUCUUCAGCAAUUCCACCUGGAACCUGCGAGAAGCUAAGGCUUGCUGGCGUGUGCUCUAUGGCAAGGAAGAUCUCCGAUGGCAGACUCUGGUAGACUUGUCUCUUGUCUACAAUGUAACGGAAGAGAAAAGUAUACAAAUGCAUGAGCAAUUGAGGUCUCUCGGAAUUAGAUUGGCUUCAGGAUGGGGAACAGGUGGCAGAUGUAGGACUUGGACUCCCAAAAAUGUCCCCUCGAGGUUUAAUUCCUCAAACUACAAUGAGAGUAUUGCAGAAGGACAGUUCUAUUCCAAUGAUCCAGGCUCAUCAAGCACUGGUAUGGCAACACAUAUUGAGGAGGUCAUAGCGAUACGACAUGAACACUCGAUGCUCCUCGACUGGAGAGAUAUUGGCCAGAUGAAGAAGCUGCAAUAUUUGGAUUCCGAGGAGUUGAUGUUGGAUGAAGUAGGUGGCAAGCUUCCAAAGAAUGUGACCCUUCUUCGACUUCGUGGAGAAGUGAACAAUCUUCAUGACCUGGUAGACCGAGGGCUCGCGAGAAGUUUGGCUGUUCUGGACUUGACUGGAGUUGACUUGCACCCCACAUGUUUCCCAACAACCGUCACAUGUUUCCCAACAACCGUCAGCGACUUUCAAAACCUUGAAGUUAUGAUAUUAACAUUCUGCCACUUCGAAGGUCUUCCCGAAGCAUUCGGACAACUUCCCAGGCUUCGUCAUCUUACAUUUAGCUGGUGCGAGAGACUUCGUUCACUCCCCGAAGCUUUUGGAGGGCUCUCACGACUGCAGUCUUUGGAACUUGAUGGGUGUUUGACUUUGAAAGCAUUGUCGGAGGGGUUCGGAAAUCUACACCAGCUACAAAGCCUGAAAAUACAUGAGAGUCCAAUCUCAGAACUGCCUGAGAGCUUCGGAAAUCUGUCCCAGCUACAAACCCUGACAAUAUAUGGGAGUGAUAUCUCAAAACUGCCUGAGAGCUUUGGAAAUCUGUCCCAGCUACAAAGCCUGGAAAUACAUGAGAGUCCAAUCUCAGAACUGCCUGAGAGCUUCGGAAAUCUGUCCCAGCUACAAACCCUGACAAUAUAUCGGAGUGAUAUCUCAAAACUGCCUGAGAGCUUCGGAAAUCUGUCCCAGCUACAAACCCUGACAAUAAGUGGGAGUGAUUUCUCAAAACUGCCUGAGAGCUUCGGAAAUCUGUCCCAGCUACAAAGCCUGAAAAUAUAUGACAGUCCAAUCUCAGAACUGCCUGAGAGCUUCGGAAAUCUGUCCCAGCUACAAACCCUGACAAUAAGUGGGAGUGAUAUCUCAAAACUGCCUGAGAGCUUCGGAAAUCUGUCCCAGCUACAAACCCUGACAAUAUAUGGGAGUGAUAUCUCAAAACUGCCUGAGAGCUUCGGAAAUCUGUCCCAGCUACAAACCCUGACAAUAUAUCGGAGUGAUAUCUCAAAACUGCCUGAGAGCUUCGGAAAUCUGUCCCAGCUACAAACCCUGACAAUAAGUGGGAGUGAUUUCUCAAAACUGCCUGAGAGCUUCGGAAAUCUGUCCCAGCUACAAGAUAUUCUCUCCAUGGUAAUACAUGGAGAGAAUAUCUCAGAAUUGCCUGAGAGCUUCGGCGAUCUCGCUAGUCUGCGGGUCCUGGAGCUUGGUAUGUGCAGACUCCAAGCCUUGCCGGAUACUUUUGGGCAGCUUUCACAGUUGUCGCACUUGACGAUGCAGGGCUGCACCAUCAUCCAAAAAUUCCCGGAAUCGUUCGGCAAUCUGGCCAACCUGUCCACAUUGGACAUCAUCGACUGUCCCUUUCUUAACUACUUCGGGGUUCCGAAGAGCACCGAAGUAUGCAUUCGAGGAAGAAGGAU